UAUUAAGCUUAACCCACCUUACUCUCUCCCAUGCAUUCCCAAAAUCCAUUGCUAGAAUCAUAACCUGGAUUCAACGCCAUGAACUUUUCGCUGACUUCAAGCCUAAACAGUGUAGCUCUACCUAAACCUUUUCUUUCUCACAGCCAUAGACACGACCACCACCAUGAACGCAAACCCACUAUUAAGCUGUCUUUAAUUACAUGCAGAUCAGCCACUAAUUACGAGUCAUCAUUUACUUAUAAGGUGAAGGAUGGAGAAAAUGAGAGCACCAAUUUCUACAAGCUGCUUAGUCUAAAUCCCAAUAUUAAUACAAGCAAAGAUGAGAUAAAGAAAGCUUAUAGAAGCAUGGCUCUUCGAUAUCAUCCAGACGUUUGCCAUGAUCCUUCCAUUUCUUCCACCAAGGAAUUUGUUCGACUGAAUCAGGCUUACAAGACGCUAUCGGAUCCGGUGUUGCGCGAAGAAUACGAUUACGAAUUGGGUUUGAAAAUUUGUGUUGGUACUACUAGGGUUGGUUUCAAGAUGGAUAAUAUAAGAAACCAUGGCGUUGGUGCAGCACAAAAUAGAUGGCGACAACAAGUUCUUGAGUUGAAGAGGAAGUCCAACUGCCGUAUGGCACAGAAGGAAGGGUCGUGGGCAAGCAGAAUGAGGAGGGCUCAUAAUAUUUCUACCAUGGACUAGCUUUGCUUUUGCACGAGAUAUGAUUUUAGCACUCCAAAAAUUACUUCUCACCCUUCUCGAAGCUCACAAACACGAGAAGUGUAAGGGGAUUUAAGGGUUGUUUUUGGAGUGCCAAAAUCAUUCUUGCUUCUAUAGAAUUCAUUGAGCUUCUCUGAUUGUUUUUUAUUUGAUGUAAACGGGUGACCCCUUUUGUAUGUUUUGUCUUUAUUAAAAUCUCAUUUAAUUAA